CGUCAUCGCUAAUGGUAACGAGGAAACAUUUAGCUAACCUCGCUAGCUAGCAAGCUAGUGUACCAACAACAACGGUUUGUGGAAUCAAAUCGAGGAAAACAGCUAUUGGCAUCAUGUCGGACAAGAGCGAACUGAAGGCGGAGCUGGAGAGAAAGAAACAGCGCCUAGCACAAAUCCGAGAGGAAAAGAAAAGAAAAGAGGAGGAGCGCAAGAAGAAAGAGGCGGAGCAGCUGAAGGAACCCGUCGUCCUUCACGAUGACUCUGACUUGGAGAAGAAGAGGAGGGAUGCGGAGGCUCUCCUGCAGAGCAUGGGCAUCACAUCCGAGGUGCCCGUGGUUCCUGCACCCAUGUCUCCCAGUGGUACCCCGAGUGAAGCAAGCAGCCAUGACUCAGGCGAUGGCGCCACGGGCCCCAGGACCCUCCACUGGGACUCUGACCCCUCCACACUGCUGCUGCACUCUGAACUGGGGCGAGGCGCAGUGAAGCUGGGUAUGGUGAAAGUGACCCACGUGGACUUCCCUCCUAAAGAGGUGGUCUCCUACACCAAGGAGACUCAGACACCCACCCAGAGCGAGCAGAAGGAGGAGGAGGAGGAGGAAGAAGAGCUGGCCCCCGCUGAACCAGCGUUGGAGCUGGAGAUAGAGGCGCCAGUACAGAAACAGGAAGAGGAAGCACCUCCGCACGAGCUGACCGAGGAAGAGAAGCAGCAGAUCCUUCACUCAGAGGAGUUCAUGGACUUCUUUGACCACAGCACACGCAUCAUCGAGAGAGCCCUGUCGGAGCACGUGGACGUCUUCUUCGACUACAGUGGCCGUGACCUAGAGGAGAAGGAGGGUGAGAUGCAGGCAGGGGCGAAGCUCUCCCUGAACAGGCACUUCAUGGACGAGCGCUGGUCCAAACACCGAGUGGUCACCUGCCUGGACUGGUCCCCACAGUAUCCAGAGCUGCUGGUUGCCUCAUACAACAACAAUGAGGAGACGCCUCAUGAGCCCGACGGAGUGGCCCUGGUGUGGAACAUGAAGUAUAAGAAAACCACCCCCGAGUACGUCUUCCACUGCCAGUCUGCAGUGAUGUCGGCAGCGUUUGUUAAAUUCCACCCCAACUUGGUGGUGGGGGGCACGUAUUCAGGCCAGAUCGUACUGUGGGACAAUCGGAGUAACAAGCGGACCCCCAUCCAGAGGACCCCGCUCUCGGCCGCCGCCCAUACGCAUCCUGUGUACUGUGUGAACGUUGUAGGCACUCAGAAUGCUCACAACCUGAUCAGCCUCUCCACUGAUGGUAAAAUGUGCUCGUGGAGUCUGGACAUGCUGUCCCAGCCUCAGGACAGCAUGGAGUUGGUGUUUAAGCAGUCAAAGGCAGUAGCCGUUACCUCCAUGUCCUUCCCCCUGGGGGAUGUCAAUAACUUUGUGGUAGGCAGCGAGGACGGAUCAGUCUAUACAGCCUGUAGACAUGGCAGUAAGGCAGGUAUCAGUGAGGUGUUUGAGGGCCACCAUGGCCCAGUCACUGGUAUCCACUGUCACACAGCGGCGGGACCUGUUGACUUCUCACACCUGUUCCUCACCUCCUCCUUCGACUGGACCGUCAAGCUCUGGAGUACCAAGAAUAACAAGCCUCUGUACUCAUUUGAAGACAACUCAGACUACGUGUAUGACGUGAUGUGGUCUCCUGUCCACCCUGCCCUGUUUGCCUGCGUGGACGGGGUCGGCCAUUUGGACCUGUGGAACCUCAAUAAUGACACAGAGGUCCCUACUGCCAGUGUUACAGUGCACGGUACUCCUGCUCUUAACCGGCUGAGGUGGGCACAGUCUGGCCGAGAGAUUGCCGUGGGAGACUCAGAGGGACGGAUUCUCAUCUACGAUGUUGGAGAGCAGAUCGCCGUGCCACGUGGCGACGAGUGGCCGCGCUUCGUGCGCACGCUGGCAGAGAUCAACGAGAACCGCGAAGAUGCGGAGGAGCUGGCCGCCCAGCGCCUGCCGUCCUGAUCCCUGCAGAGACCAGCGCCAUUCCGACAACCAGCCACAGGUUCUCGGUGUAAAAGAAAAACCCCAAACAUGAAACUCCACCUCACUAAACCCCAACAAAGCAUGACGAUGACGAUGACGAUUAGUGCUCAUGAUCUAUAAAAUCUCCCUUUCUGAAAGUUCAGUAAUAUGAUUUGCAUACUGGAUUCUUCCCUUUCUUUGGUUCCGAGUGCAAAAAAAAAGCCAUGGCGUUAACGAUAGUAAAAGGAAUGAAACUGGACUUGGUAUGAUGUCAGCUCUGAAAUCACCAGUGUUCUCAUCUUCAGUACCAGAAGCCUUAAAGCUCUCAUGUGGGACACUUUCAGAAAGCUUGAAUGCUCUGUAGUCAUCCUCAAGAUUGCAUUCAGGGUGAUUUCCAUUGGUAUUUGCACCCAAGCUCCAUAUUACACCUGAAAACAUUCAAACUUACCUUCUAGACUUUUUAUCCACUUACAAAACAGUUGCACAGUCUGUUUUUGUUUAGCUGGCUAUAAACUCUAGAACUAGUUGACUGGCAUGUUGAGGUAUGCUCACAAAUUCACUUUGGAAAGGUUCUACUCGGAUUAGUUGUAUUUUCCUAAACAGUCACUCCCACUACAAGUUUCAGGAGAUUAAUAUAAUUAAUCUGAGGGAAAACUAUCAGGAAUUGUCAUAUUUCUGUCUUUUACAAAUUCAGAUGUUUUGGUUUACCUCUCUUACUGCUCUUUAACUUCAAAUGAGUGUCAGAGUGAAUUUAUGAACACACGCUAGAUGUGCGUAGUCCGUUGGGGCAGCUACGGUUAAAAACUCACCUUCAUCUAGCACUUCAUCUCUGGCUCUUGAAUGCUGGUUAUUGAUAAAACGCUGUACGUCUUUAUAACCUCCGCUGAAGCUCAAUCACAUAUUUAUUAUGCCCAGCGAGACGCUGUACGGUUGUCCUCGGACUUGCGAGCAUUUCUUAAGCCAUUGUUUUUUCAAACUGGCUCCUCUUCCGGCUUUCCGAGUCCGCGUGCGACCUGAAUGGGAAGGUAGUUUCUCCUCAGCCUCUUUCGAAUGUCUUUGUAUAUCUCUAUAAAAUCUUCUUUCUAAACCCAAA